ACUCUUUGCAGUUUCCCACCCCGUACUAUUGUUGUUCUAUUGCCCUAAAAAUUUCCCCCUUUUCCUUUCUCUCUCUUCCCGCUUAUCGCUAAAAGUCUGAUUCAGCAGCUCAUCCAAUUUCGCAAUUUUGCUGCUCUCUUUUUCAUCAAUUUCGCAUUCCGGUUUACUUAAUCAGUAUUCUGGGUUUAUUCGACAACACUGUUCUUGCUCGAUGGCUGAUUCAAUUACAAAUUUAGGGUUUAUUGUUAAUCACAGAAGCUGUUUCUAUUUGAAGUGCGAUAUAUAAUUUCUGUAUAUUCAGCGUUUUAAUUCUGAUGGUGGUAAGGAAUAUGGACAACAUCAAAAUGCCAGGUGAUCGGCAUUUUGAUAGGAUUGACAUACUAGAGAUCAAACUUCAGAUCAGUAGAAAGUUAGGAAAUCUAAGGGCAGAGAAGUACUUUGGUCUGCUUGACAGGUUUUUCGGUCUCAAACUCUGUAAAUCGGAGUUUGAUAAGCUCUGCAUUGUUGCUGUAGGAAGGGAGAAUAUUAGCCUACACAACCGUCUUAUUAAAUCCAUUCUUAAGAAUGCUUGUCUCUCCAAAUCACCUCCCCAGAAAAGAAGCAAAUUGGAGACUCCCAUUGCUGAAAAAGUCGCGAAUGGGUUCCAAAGAAGUUGCCUUCAAUCUCUAUGUAGAGAUGCUUUACCCCCAUCCCCACGCAGAGGGAGGAUUCCCGGUUUUCGUGAUCGUAAGAGCAAGGAUCGUCAAAGCCCAUUGGGCCCAAACGGGAAGUCCAAUACCGUUGAGGCGUGUAAGGAUUUGGGCCAUAAGACUCUCGAGCAGCAAAGUGCAACAGAGUUGCUAUCUUUAGGUAGCAGGCCUAUUGAAGUCAACUCUGUGGAAGAUGGAGAAGAGGUUGAUCAAGCUGCAAUUAGCCCGGGAAUUCACAGUAGGAGUCCUGUCACGCCACCUCUUGGAAUCCCGUGGAAUGGGAAAGGAAACCGGAAAGUUCUCAGCAGUUUAUUAUCAUCUUCUGGAAAUCUUGAAUCUUGUCAUGGAAAUGGUGAGCUACCCAACACGAGUUGUUUAAGGAAGCGAUUAGAACAAAAGUUGGAAAAGGAAGGGUUGGGAAUUUCACAGGAUUGUGUGAAUUUGUUGAACGAUGGAUUGGAUACUUACCUAAAGAGGUUGAUUAAGCCGUCUUUAGAAUUAGCUAAUUCAAGAAAUGGAAACAAACGUCAAAAAGUUGGUGGUGAAGAUGUUCAUGUUCAUGGUCUAAAUGGACUUUGGCCUGUAAGAUACUUACAAAGUCCACCUGUGUCUUCUUCUGUAACUAUUUUGGACUUCCGGACGGCUAUGGAGUUGAAUCCGGAAGUACUUGGGGAAGAUUGGCCAACGCAGCUCGAGAAGGUUUGUUUACGAGAGUUUGAAAGUGAGUAUAGUGAUUAGUGUGGAGAAGAAGAACAUGGUGUUGGGUAAAAUAUGUUUUUGAUAGGAAUGAGGUGGCUGCUUUGUUGAUAGAAUAACCUCUAACAUUAAUUCAAACCUCAGUAGAUUUAUGAUUUAUCAGCAGUAAACCAGUGUUUAACCGUUGGGAUUUUUGGGUUAAGUUGAUUCCAUUGUAUAUAACAUCAUUAUAAUAGUAUGUAGCAGAUUAUUUUUGUUGGGGACUUGGGGGGUGAUAGAGAUAUAAAUAGAGAAGCCAUUGUAAGAUUUUUGUUACAAGAAUACUAUUUGGUAUUUUCUGAAUAAUACAAGUGUUUGGUUCUUCCCACUGUUUUCAA